CCUCCCCCACCCCACCCCCGCUGCAGUAGUGGACAGAGUUUCUGUGCAGUAGUACACGGUUGCAGUUCCCAUAUGCUCUCGUCUGUUUACGUUGAAUACACAAACGUUGCUGCUCGAGCAAUGCGGGCCUGCAGAGCGACAGUGCCGAGUACGCGUUGCAACCUUUGCUUUGGGGCGUAGGCCGCCUUCCCCACAACCAGAUCAAGAUGCCCCUCGUCCUGUCAGCAGACAACCAAUACUCACCAUGGACGGGUUUGGUGUACAUAUUCAACCUAAUUGUUGGUACAGGGGCCCUUACCUUACCCCAUUCAUUUCUGAAAGCUGGCUGGGGCCUUGGUUUAGCAUUGAUCAUAAUCCUAGCAUUUGUGAGCUUCGUUACUGCAACCUUUGUUCUGGAAGCUAUUUCCUGUGCCAAUUUCAUAGCCCGAUACAAAAGGAUGAAGCAGCUAGCAAGAGUAAGCCGUAGAAUUGCACGGGUCAACCAUGAGUCAGAAACUGAAGAUGAUGGAGCAGAAGAGUUUAACGAGGAUGCACCACUGGUUUCUUCAACUGACGAUGCUGUUGACAGAUUUCCAAGCCAGCCUCAGCAACUCUUCAGUCUGAAUGAAAAGCUAGAAAUGGGUGACAUGGCUAAUAUGUUUUUUGGUCGCUUUGGACAGUUCUUAUUUUUCUUUUGCUUUGCAAUCUACUUGUAUGGAGAUUUAGCUAUUUAUACGGCAGUUGUAUCUAAAUCUCUUAGUGAUGUUGUAUGCACUUAUGAGCCAAGUUCCAAUGCAACAUGUGGGGAUGAUCUUCCCCCAGACACGGAAUGCUGGGAAGGGUUUCCCAUGACACGUCUCUCCAUGUACAGAAUACUAGUCGCCACAUUCUUAGGAUUCAUAGGACCCUUUGCCUUUUUCAAUGUGCAAAAGACAAAGUAUCUUCAACUAUUCACAUCUUUCAUGAGGUGGCUUGCAUUCUCAGUGAUGAUAAGCCUGGCUGUGAGGCAAUUGAUACUGAAAGGUCCAGAGGGCCAUCCUAAUAUAGCUAAUAUUAGGGGCCUGCCAGCUCUCCUGGGUGCAAGUGUUUACUCUUUCAUGUGCCAUCAUUCCCUCCCUGGUCUGGUAGCUCCCAUUUCCGGAACAACCCACAUUAAAAGGCUUCUAGCUAUGGAUUAUAUACUAAUUGCAAGUUUCUACCUUUUGUUAUCACUCACUGGGGUGUUUGCUUUCCCUCAUCCUGAUGAGCUUUAUACUCUUGUAUUCAACCCACGCUGUUCUUCAUCCAACUUGGAAGAUUCAUUACUUAUGCGAAUUAUUGGGUAUUUCUUAGCCCUUUUCCCAGUUUUCACCCUGAGCACUAGUUUUCCCAUAAUUGCAAUCACAUUGAGAAAUAAUUUGCAAAAUGCAACGCUUGGAAGUAAUUCUACAUCUUAUCCCUGGGUAGUGCAGCGCUUGUUGUUCCCCUUUCUUUCUGUGAUACCCCCUGUUCUGGUGGCCUUAAUUUCAGAAAAUCUUGAAAUUCUAGUUCGGAUUACUGGAUCUUUUGCUGGUGCCGGAAUCCAGUACAUUAUUCCAGCACUACUUGUGUUCUUUGCUCGAAGGGAGGUUAAAAAAUUGUCUUCUGGAGAUGUACAAAAUGUUUUUGCAUCACCUUUUCAAGGUACCUUUUGGGUUGUGAUUGUUCUUUUAUGGGCUGCAGCAUGUAUUCUACUUGUAUUUGUGAAUUUGUUUGCUAGCUAAAAGUUUACUGUUCCAAAAAACAAAAAGUGAUAUGUGAUUUUUGUAGCAUUUAUAUUAAACAUACGUACUGCUGUAUGAAUUCUCGUCUUGUUAUGUCUUGAGUUAUAUGAGCUGUAUUAAUCUUAUGCGAUGCGCAUGUAUCUUUGUAUGUGUACAUGUAUAUGUACAUUAUGAAUAUGUCUUUCUUUGCAUGACAAUACUUUUUUCAAGACUUACGCUUAUUUGUUGUAUAAUUGCAUUAUAAAACAUAAUUAAGUUAUCAAUUUAUUAUGCUAUGGGUUGUGAUCUGAUUAGCAUGAAUUCGCUCCAUAAAUAAACUGAUAUGUGGACUGUGUGUACUAGUACUGGUGAGUACUUAGUAAUGCUAGAUUUACACAGAAGUUUGUUUGACUGGUGUUUUCAUUUUGUAGUUAUUAUAAUUUUUUUCUGUUAGACCUAGUGUGUUAGUAAUCAUUGUUUUUACCAUUUUCUUUGCCAAAGGAAAAAUGCUAUAAUUAUUGUUAUAGGCCUUAUUUUUACAAUCUAUAUUCCUAUCAUCUACCAGGCUAUUCGGUUCAGCCGUGCUUCUUUGUAAUCAUGCAAUCCCACUAGCAAAAUACGCUCGCACAGUUUCCUCUUCCACCAUUCCCAGGGACUCUAAGGUCUGCAAGGAAGAGUGUUCGGGAAGAUUGCGUGCUUGCAGAAGCACAACAGUACACAAUCCACCUGGUUUAAAAGGCUGUUACUUUUUAAACUUAAUGUAUAAUUUUUGACUGAAACUAUUCAUUAUUAUUUUUGAAUUUACAAAGACAUGUACUUAUUCUAACAAAUUUUCAAAUUAUCAGACAGAAAUAAUGGUUGUUUACAAUUUGAGUUAGAAGAUGAGGUGUACCACCCUCCAAGUGUAUGUGUUAACUAUGUAAAUACUGGAGCCUCUGCUCCAGGUCCUGUUUGGGUGGUCCAACAUUGUACUGGAAGAGUGUCUAUCUCUUUGGAUUAAAAGCAAGAGCAUCAAAAUCAGUGUUAUUUAUCCACCAACUCUCAUUUAAUUAAGUGAUGUGAGUUUAGGCUCUUAGCGCUCUUAGCGCCCAUUUUGCUCCCAAGCAAUUUUGUAUGUUUGUAUGCAUUGUGAUUUGGAUUAUGAUCUACCAAGGUGGUAUUGCAUUUGAGAGGAACAAUUAAAGUGCCAGACUAUGU